AUGACACAAGCUGAAGUAGAAGUGGAGAAAGAAGCUUUGAUUUCUGAUGCAAAUCCUGAGAAUGUUGAGCUACUGAAUCAUUUAAUAACUGCUAGAGGAAAACAAGAAUUAGUAUCUCAACAAUUUAAUGAACUUAUGAGAUCAAAGGCAAUAAUAAAGUGGGUAAAAGAGGGUGGAUCAAAUACUUCUUUCUUUCAUACUUCUAUGAAGAUUAGAAAAGAACAUAAUAAUAUAACUGAGCUGGAGGAUGAGAAUGGCAAUCUGGUAAUAACAGAGGAAGACAAUACUUUUCUAGAUGCAAUUCCUUCUGCUACUAAAAUCAAAGAAGUUGUUUUUGGGAUAGAUGCAAGUAGCUCUCCAGGCCUUGAUGGGUUUCCUGGGAGUUUUUAUAGAUUUGGAUGGAGUAUUAUUGGACAAGAUUUAAUCAAUGCACUGCAAUACUGUUGGAGAUGCAGGUUUAUCCCAAGAGCGUGCAAGUGCAUUGAUAAAACAAGUUCUGAAUAUGUGGCUGAUUCCGUCAAGCUUGAGAUUGAGACCAUGAAUUCGUUAAAAACGUUUCCGAAAGUUGUGGGUUUAAAAAAAGUUUAUGAAGAUGAAAAGCAUGUUUGUAUAGUAAUGGAGUAUUGUCGUGGUGGUGAUCUUCAUACACGAGUAAACAAGCAGAGGUUCACAGAGAGCAACACUAAGAUUCUUUUCAAGAAACUAAUGAAAGUUAUCAUGCUUUGUCACGAUUCAGGAAUUGUACAUAGAGAUAUUAAACCAGAAAAUAUUUUCUUGACCACAAAAGAUGAAUGUCCAGAUAUUAAAUUGGAGGAUUUCGGAUUUGCGACAUAUAUUCGACCGGGAGAAGAGCUUCACGAUACGUCUGGGACCAGAUAUUACAUGGCUCCUGAGAUAAUAGUCAAAAGGAAACCCUCCUACAACCAGGCAGUGGAUGUGUGGAGUGCGGGUGUUGUUCUCUAUGUACUUCUUAGCGGGACUCUACCAUUUGUGGGUGAGAACAAUAUGGCGACCCUAAAGUUGGUCAGGGAUAGUGAAUUACAGUUCAAUCCUCCUCAUCUCUGGGACAAUAUAUCUCCGUCAGCUAAAGAUCUGGUCACUCGAAUUCUCUGCAAAGAUCCUGCAAAGCGGCUAACUGCAGCUCAGGUAUUGAAUCAUUCUUGGAUGAAGACAAAGUAG